GCUGAAAGCGAAGCAGAAACUGGUAUAACAUGCCAAAGCAAAGGUUUGUGCGUCAGUCAGGUGUUGAUUGAAACUGAAGUUCGUCUUCCUCAGGAUUUAUUUUGUUCUCAGCACUUACACACUUCCUGAACAUGGGGUUCCUGUUGACAAAGAUGAUGGCUGUGUUCGGAGAUAAAGAACACAAAGUCAUCAUUGUGGGUUUGGAUAAUGCUGGGAAAACGACAAUCCUCUACCAGUACCUGGCGAAGGAGGCCGUUCACACGUCACCCACCAUUGGCAGCAACGUUGAAGAGAUCAUUGUCCGCAACACUCACUUCAUGGUUUGGGACAUCGGUGGGCAGGAGAGUCUGAGAGCCAGCUGGUACUCGUACUACUGCAACACAGAGAUUGUCAUUCUGGUUGUGGACAGCACUGACCGUGAAAGGCUGACUGUAACCAAAGAAGAGCUGCACCGAAUGCUUGCACAUGAGGACCUACAAAAUGCAGCCAUUCUUGUUCUGGCUAAUAAACAAGACAUAAAGGGCUCAGUGACAGCAGCAGAGAUCUCUCAAUGCCUCACACUUGACUCAAUCACAACACACUCCUGGCAUGUCCAAGCCUGCUGCGCCCUGACUGGAGAAGGUCUUCCUGCCAGUCUGGACUGGAUGAAAUCGCACGUUGUGGCAAACUGAUGCUCCCUUGACUGGAUCAAACUUCUUCUUAAAAACAAAACUGAGCCAGCCCCCUGUGCUACAGAGGCUGCAUUGUCAGUAUGAUUUACAGUGUUUUCGGGCAGUGUAAUAGCAUCUGAGGCAGAGCUGACUUGCCACUCUUGCUUUGUUUUUGUGUGGGAGUCAGCUUCAACACGAGCUGCUUCAAUUCUCUCUUAACCUUUAGACUGAACAAACACCUAAAAGGUUUCAGGGCUGUUUUUGGUAUUGUUGUUAUUAUUCUUAAAGAUCUAAUUCUUAUACUGUAAGAAUUAGGGUAUAUUAAGAGUACGAUGCACUUUUCAAACUUUCUUUAGACAGAUGCAUAAUAAUCAAGUAAAACAUCCUGCAUACCAUUAUGUAGACAUGAGAUUUCUCUCAUUUCACAGUGGGUUGCUGUGAGAUAACCACUUUUUGCAAUAUGUACAGCCCUCUAUUGGCACCCCUAGUAAAAUGGAGUAAUGCCUUCAAAACUUUGAUUUUAUUAAAUCAGUUCAGUGGAGAAAAGUAAUCCCAUGUUUUUACAAAAUUACCACUGCCCCAAUUAUUGGCACCCCCAAAGAUUCCUGUAAAUUAACUGUAAUUGAAGCAUUUUUUAUGUACACUUUACAGAGGACCAUUUCCUAUUCAAAAUGAGAAAGACGUGCCUUUUUAAGUAAGGUUAUUGUUUGUUGAUCAUCAUAAUCAAGAAAAUGGCUACAAUAAAAUAGCUUCUUGCCUGACUUUUCCCAAAUCUACUGUUAUGAGCAAUAAUUAAAAAACUGAAAACAGCAGAAACUGUGACUAGCAAGCCUGGUCAAGGACCGAAGUUUAUCUUGCCACAACGGCCAGUCACAAUGAUGGUAGUGGCAGCUCACUGUUUGGAAACUGCAGCAAGGAACACCUUUUUUUCUAACUUUUGUACCCUCUAUAUUAGUGGUGCCAGUAGUUGUGGAAGCUGCUAUAACUUUUGGGCUGUAAAUGAAAUGCCCUCAACUUGGUGCUGAUAUGAUUUAAAACUAAACUUGAACAGCAAACGAAUAAAUAAAAUGAGAUAUUUGUCAGCACUCGUGCAUUUUAACAUUUAAAAAAAUGUUAUCACUUCACAUAAACCCUGCAACUUAUACAAUCAUUAUCUAAUUUUGACCUUUGACUGUUAUUUUCUGUGAGGACUUUCUUUGUGUUCUUUGCCAGAAGCUUUUUCUAAAGAAGAACACGCUAAUGUUAAAAGCAACUUUUCACGCACAGUUUAGCAGCUGCCUGCUAUAACAGUUAGCCUCUAAUCAAAUCAUUUUAUGUUUACACUACGAGAAUGAAUUCCUGUUGCCUCUACUAUCUCAGUAACUCUGAAAUGUUGACAAGAACAGCUUGAAUCUGAUGGAUAAAGGUAAAAUAUGUAUUUUAUGUCACUGAAUGCCAGCAGUUUUCAACUGAAGGUGUUUUUUUAUAUGUUUUAAAGCUCAAAGUUGUAUUCUGUAUAUUAUAGAAUAAACUAUUUCCUGGUUGGGAAAAGGAGCUAGCUGCUAAUGAAUAUGACAUAAGUAUAUAUACUGUGUUUUUGUAAAUUGUUUUUGGAAUAAAUACUAAUAUUGCAACUUUCAA